GUCCUGGGGGUAAACUGCCUCACCAGGUCCGCCCCCUUCGCUCCCUCUUCUUCCUCGUGUCUCUACUUCGUCCUCCCUCCCCCGUUCUCCCUCCCCUGAGCGCCAUGGGGUCGCGCGAUGGGCUGCGCCAGAUGUUGCGCUGUGGGCUGCGCCAGGUUGGCACUGCGGCUCAGCCUCUCUUGUGCCCAACAACGCAACUUACUCAAACACUCAUACAUACACUGUACCAUCGACAUGUGUUCUCUCUCUUCAUGUUUGGCCUCAGUGAUUCUCGGGGGCCAGCUGUCUCGUGUUGCACAGGCUGUGCAGCUUGGCGGCUCGGACAUGCUGGCGUUGCCCCCAGCCGUGAAGAAUGAUGCCAGUUCGUGGUUACUCGAAAUCCGCACACAUGGUGACGUGACGUGCAGCAUGGAGGAUGACUGUAUUGUCGGAUCUGGUUUGGGCCACUGCAAAGUGCUGGUGGACCCAGCUAUGAAGAUUCCGCUGGGCAGCACCGACUCGGGCAAUGCUUCCUUCCACGAGUUCAACAGCACCGUGCAGUUCCAUCAGUCGGAAAUCACCAUCACGGGGCAUUCAUCUUCGUCGCACUGGAACCUGUGUCGGGCGAAAGACGAUCGCGAGAGCAUCGUUCAGCACGAGCCGACAAAAAACUUGGCGGAUGUCUGUUACGAGGUCGAAGGUCUCCAAGGACUUUGUUUUUUGUGGGCUUCUCCAUGCUCUGGCGGGUGCUCCACACUCCGUCCUUUCAACGAGUAUUCGUCGAUCUGCCCGAAUUGGCUACGCUACGCUACGCCAUCGGAGUGGUCGAUUGCUUUGCCUGAUUUGAAUGCCCACAGGAAAGAGCUCUACGCCAAAUGCGCAGUUGACGUGAUGGAUCCAUGGUGGCAUCACUGCGACUAUGCGAACGACUUCGUGCGUAUCCCAGAUGACGGCUGGAACGAGCUGAUCCUGGUAUGCGACACUACGAUUCCCGCGAUGCCUACGAUGGCCACCUCCGCGACGUCGGCGACUGGCCCCGCUCCGACGCCUAUGCCUCUGCCCCCGCCUCCCGGUCCGGGGCUUGUCCCGUGUGGUCUGACCGGUGGUUACAGCGAAUGGCCAGAGGAUGCAACAUGUGCCAGUUGGAUUCAGGGAUCGGCCGUAGGAGGAGGCCCCAAUGUAUAUGUUGGCACUGUUGACACUUGCCACCAUUGCAUCCUGGCGGUCUUGACUGCUUACCCAUCCGCCAAGGGGGCUACCUUUCGAACUCCUGGUUUAACUUCGCAGGCUGGCGAGUGCUAUGCCGAGGACGGGUGGUUCUACCCGGACGGGGACAACGCAUGGAUUACCAUUCCUGUCAUCGCAUCCUUGCAGUAUUAUUCUGAUCUUGCCUCGGACCCAUGCAGCCCUGCCUUCGGAAUAACUCUGAAGCCGACGACCGCUCCGACUCCGGUUCCCGCGGCCCCUACGCUUGGGGGGGCCAGUUCUGCAGGGGGCGCCAGUUCUGCAGUUGGGGAUCCGCAUCUGCAAAACAUCUACGGUGAGCGGUUCGACUUGCUGAAGGCUGGCAAACAUGUUUUGAUCAAUAUUCCACGGGACGCGGUUGUUGCUGAGACCGCGCUGCUUCGAGUAGACGCAGAGGCACGUCAAAUGGGUGGGAAAUGCGCAGACAUGUAUUUCCAGGAACUGAAUAUCACAGGGGCGUGGGUGGAUUCGACGAAGCAGACCAGUGGUCUCCGUUUCAAAGCGCACGAUGUGGUCGACGCAAACAUGAAUUGGGAACAGUUCGGAAAGGUAUCAUUGAAAGUUGUCCAUGGACGCACCCAUUCAGGCAUCCAGUACUUGAACCUGUACGUCAAGCACCUCGACCGCACUGGGCUUGCCGUCGGUGGGCUGCUCGGAGAAGAUGAUCACUCAGAGGCGGCAAUCUCUCCCAAGGAAUGCUCUCAGACCCUUUCCCUUAUCCAAGGCCAGUUCUGAGUGAUUCAGUGUAUCCGUCUUCCUGGUUGAGGCAAGCUUCGCCUCGACACGGGUGCAUCGUGGGCUGUUGCAGAGGCAGGCGCCUCCUCCUCCCUCUCCCCUCCUGCCCCUCCUUCUCUCUUGCUCUCGCUCCUGCACUCCUCCCUCCCCUCGCGGCCGCACGUCCGUGCUCCUCGGGCGUGCCGCACCUCGCCAGCACGACUUCUCGCUGCCGCCCCGUGCGCCGCUCUGCUUCGGGGCGCGUCGUGGCGCAGCCUGGUCGCACCUGGCCACGGCACAGUGACUGUUGAUGCGGGGGGCGAUCGGCAAAA